CAGGGGGCGGCGGCUGCUCUGCGCAGGCGCGAUGCUCGGGGGAUGGCGGUUGGCGGCGGCGCUGCUGUUGAGUGCGAUCGCGAGCGGCGGAUCGGGAACAACAAAAGAUGGAAAAUGGCAGAAAUACAAGGACAAGAUCACAGUAGCGCUGGAAUUGUAUCAACCCUGUUUCCAGCACAACUGCAGCUGUCACCGGCGUGUGCUGGACAAUGACCUUGCACACUUUAGGCAAGGAAUUUCUCAGGAGAUGCUGAUGGAGACUGUCAGUCGAGGUGUGGGGACUCACUACCAGAUCAUAAACAAACAGUUGUAUCGUCAAGAGGAUUGUAUGUUCCCAGCCAGAUGCAGUGGAGUCGAGCACUUCAUCCUGGACAUAAUCUCCAAACUUCCUGACAUGGAAUUUGUGCUGAAUGUGAGAGACUACCCUCAGGUCCCAGGGUGGGUGCAGACCACCAGACCCGUUUUUUCAUUCAGCAAGAAUGCUGAUUACCAUGACAUCAUGUAUCCAGCGUGGACAUUCUGGGAGGGGGGGCCGGCUGUCUGGCCCAUUUACCCCACUGGCCUCGGGCGCUGGGACCUCAUGAGGAAAGAAUUACAAUUAUCUGCUGAAAAGUGGCCGUGGGACAAGAAAAUUUCCAAAGGGUUUUUUAGAGGAUCGAGGACAAGCUCAGAGCGAGACCCACUGGUGUUGCUGUCCCACGCAGAGCCUUCCCUGGUGGACGCUGAGUACACAAAGAACCAGGCGUGGAAGUCUAAGAAGGAUACUCUGGGAAAGACACCGGCUAAAGAGAUUCCACUGGUGGAUCAUUGCAAGUAUAAGUAUCUGUUUAAUUUCCGAGGUGUGGCGGCCAGUUUUCGAUUCAAGCAUCUCUUUCUGUGCAAAUCCGUGGUUUUCCAUGUGGGAAAUGAGUGGUUGGAGUUCUUCUACCCUCAGCUGAAGCCUUGGGUGCACUACAUCCCCGUCAGUCAGGAUUUCUCUGACGUGCGAGAGCUGCUACAGUUUGUGCAGGAAAAUGACAAAAUUGCUGCAUCGAUUGCAGAGAGGGGGCAACGCUUCAUUACUGACCAUUUGCGCAUGGAGGAUGUGUCCUGUUAUUGGGAGCUGCUGCUCACAGAAUACUCCAGACUGUUAACAUACAAACCAAGACGGCAGAAAAACUACAACCAAAUCCUCAGCAAACAGGUGAAGACUGAACUUUAGGACUUGGCCCUCACAGAGCAACUUCUCAAAUCCAUGUUACACAUUUCUUGUUUGAUUUGAAAUUCAUUUUUUCACUUGUUUGAAUACUGCUGGGAAAUUUCCUCUAGAUAUUUUAAAGAAUGGGUGAAAGAUUUUAUGAAAUCUAUACCUUUGCUGGCAGCCAGUGGAUAGCAACAUCCGUCCGGAAGACUGGCCCUCUCUCUCUAGAGAUCGUUUCUAAUAGGGGAGUGGGAAGUUUAACCCCACAAAUAUUCCCCUUUAUAUAAUCCCUAUAAAAUCAUGUAUUAUGACCAGGCCAUUCGCAAUGUUGUUCUAUCGAGGACUGCAGUCUCUUGUCAAAAGACAAACUAAAGUAAGCUGUACUUUCAGGCCUGCGAGCUGUGUUCUGUAGGGCAGCUCUGCUGGCUCCAGGCAGAAGCUCUGUGCAUUAUCCCUCGUCAACCUGAUCAACACUUAUUACCUCCUAACUCACGGCAUUUAUAUAAGACAAAACAAUUUGGGCAGCUAAACUCUUCCUUUAAAAUUGUUAACCAAAUAAAAAGGAUAUGAAACCAA